ACUAUCAGACCUUUUCGAUCUCUUAUUUUUCAACAUCACCCUUCAACUUAUAUAUAUACUUACCAAAUUAAUUGAUCCCUCAUACCCAAAUAACAUUCACAAAGUCUUUAAAGCUUCUCCAAAACCUAACCCUUUUACUCAACAAUCAAUUGCAUCACCAUCCUCAAACAGCUCCCUGAUUGUGAUUAUAUCACGAAAUCAAAGCAAGAAGGCAUGACAACCCUUCAAGCUUCAAGUGUGCUACUUUCAGCUUCAUCAUCAUCUUCAUCAUGUCUACAUAGAGGAAUGAUUAGAGCCGCUAUAAAAGAACCCAACUUUCGAAUUACCCCUCUCUCUUUCCUCAAGCUCUCCAAUAGAGGUUUGAUGGAAGAAUUAAGCUUCAGAGGUGAUUUCAGCAUUCCAAAAACUGCCAAUACCCAAAUGGAAAAGGAGUCCAAUUCUGGGAUUAAUGUUAACUAUUCUACAAACAAAUCUGAUCCCUUGGUGAUUGCCAAGCUUUAUGCAUUGAUGGAGGCUGUGGCAGAUAGAGUGGAGAUGCACAAAAACAUUGGAGAGCAGCGUGAUAAUUGGAACCAUCUUCUCUUAAAUUCCAUUAAUAUGAUCACUCUUACUGCUGCUACCAUGUGUGGACUUGCAGCCACCAGUCCUGCCCUCAAGGUCUCUUCUACAAUUCUUUAUCUUGCAGCCACUGGCUUGUUGGCCAUAAUGAACAGCAUCCAACCAUCACAACUUGCUGAAGAGCAAAGAAAUGCAACUAGAUUAUUUAAGCAGCUUCACAGCCAGAUUCACACAUUGCUUUCCAUCGGCAAUCCUAACAUCGAUGACGUUAAUGAAGCAAUGGAGAAAGUUUUGGCUUUAGAUAGAGCAUACCCACUUCCUUUACUAGGUGCUAUGCUUGAAAAAUUCCCAUCCACUGUUGACCCUGCAGUUUGGUGGCCACAACAAAGGCGAAAACAGGCUAAAGGGUUUAGUAGGAUAAUGGAUGGAAAUGGCUGGAACAGGGAAUUGGAAGAUGAAAUGAGAUGGAUAGUUAGGAUUUUAAAGAACAAGGAUAAAGAAGAGUACUUAAAAUUGGGUGAAAAAGCAUUGAAAGUACACAAGGUAUUGGCCAUUUCUGGUCCUCUGCUGACUGGCCUUGGAGCUCUGGGAGCUGCAUUCAUGGGUACUAAUCCAUGGGCCGCCAUAGUGGGUGUUGCUUCUGGUGCUCUGGCAACCAUAGUGAAUACAAUGGAGCAUGGUGGACAAGUGGGCAUGGUGUUUGAGAUGUAUCGAAGCAAUGCCGGUUUCUUUAAGCUUAUGGAAGAAAUCAUUGAAUCUAAUAUAAGAGAAAGAAUGGUAGAGGGAAGAGAAAAUGGGCAAAUGGUAGAGGGAAGAGAAAAUGGGCAAGUACUAGAAAUGAAGGUGGCUGUAUCACUAGGCAGGAGCCUAUCAGAGCUCAAGCAUCUUGCAACAUCUUAUUCAAGAAAUGAAGUGGAUAUUGAGGAGUUUGGAAGCAAGCUUUUCUAG